AUGACACGCCAGCAGGAUGAGGCAAGCUCCAAGACUAGUAUUCACAGCAAAGUAUCCGCUGCCAAUCUUGAGACUGUUCCUAGUUCGGUUAUUGGAACCAGCUUCGAGCUUGAUGAAGAGACGAACAGAAAGUUGCUUCGAAAGAUCGAUUGGAAGCUGAUGCCUCUCUGCUUCACCUACGCCCUGCAAUACUACGACAAGGCCAUCCUCAGCCAGGCCGCCAUCUUCGGUUUGCGAGAGGACCUGAAACUCACCACUGGCAUCAGAUACUCUUGGGUCUCCCUUAUCUUCUACUUUGGAUAUAUCGCCGGCACUUAUCCCGCCUCUUUCCUCGCCCAACGUUACCCGAUUCGAAUCGUCUGCACGGCUAUCUGCAUCAUAUGGUCUUUUGUCAUCCUUUGCACACCAGCCUGCACGUCCUAUACCGGUCUCCUUAUCAAUCGCUUUAUGCUUGGUCUUGUCGAGGCAGGUGUAUCACCUAUCUUCAUGCUCGUCGUAGGCCUCUGGUACACCCACUCGGAGCAGGUCUCACGAUCUAGUUGGUGGUAUUCUUGCAGCGGAGGAUCUCUUCUCAUCUCACCACUAAUCAAUUACGGACUUGGCCAUAUCAAGGGAGGCGCUCUCAACUCUUGGCAGUGGAUGUAUAUCAUCGCUGGACUCGCUACUCUGGCCUGGGGUAUUGCCCUCUGGUGGCUGUUUCCCGAUAGCCCUCAGAAUGCCAAGGGGUUUACGGAAGCCGAGCGCCUUCUUCUCCUGGAGCGAUUUCGGGAGGCCUUGUUUGACUAUCGACUUUGGGGUAUCAUGAUUCUAUCUAUCGUGUCCUGCACGGGUUCCGGCGCCGUCACAACGUUUGGAACUAUUGUCUUUAAGGAUAUGGGCUUUGAUAUAUUUACUUCACUGCUGCUCAACCUACCCAUUGGAGCUCUCGCCUUCAUUUGUAUUCUCGGUUCAGGCUACAUUGGCAGAAAGGUUCCAAACUCUAGGUUGUAUGUCAUCGCUGGGGCAUGUGUCCCUGUCAUUCUCGGUUGUUCCUUGAUCUGGCAACUUCCAGACUCCAACAAAGCAGGACGCAUCAUCGGCUUCUAUCUUGUGAACUUCUUCUCCUCUGCAUGGGUUCAGUGCAUCGGCUUAGGGACUUCCAAUGUUGCUGGGCAUACUAAGAAGGCUGUGUAUGCUGCUUCAACGUUUAUCGGUUACUGUCUUGGGAACAUCAUCGGCCCUCUCAUGUUUGACGCGAAAUUUGCUCCUCGCUAUGACGAAUCAUUUACCGGAAUUAUGAUCUGCUUUACGGUCUGUGUAUUUGCUGCCCUUGCACUUCGAUGGUUAUUCGAUCGGGAGAACAAGCACCGCGAUACGACUUAUGGUUCUCCUAACCUCAGUCACGGUUUAGAGGAUCUGACGGAUCGGGAAAACAAAUCAUUUAGAUACAGGCUAUAA